AAUGAAAGGAGCACACAAACAAUUCGCAAAGACGAUGGAAACAAGUCUUGGUGAAAACAGAGUCAAACAAUAGUAGAGAUCAUUGCAGGAGGGACAUCAAGAAAUUAUAAAAAACCUAAUGUCUACGAUCAUAGGAAAACCAACGAUAGUAGAAGCCUAAAGAGUUUUAAGAGUUUUGGAUUAGCUUAUCUAAAAUUUAGAAUAUUGUUUAUAUUUGGAUACUGAAUUUAUUGGACGCUUUUAAACUGGAAAAUUUUUAAAAGAUGCUAAGUAACCGCUAACUGAAGAGACCAUGAAACUAUUGUAAUCCUAAGCUGAAAUUGAACAGAAAUACAGGCCUUAUGCAAAUUUAGAUACAGCAUUAAAUCAGGGAGAGGAGAUAGACGAGACAAAGAAAAUGGAAUCAGAGAGAUUAGAAAAUUUACUCUAAGAAAAUUUCAAGAACUUAUUAAGGAGACUUUAACAUUGUCCAAAGGAUUAUGAUAUCAUUAAAGGAAUGAAAACAAAUAUCAACACUGAAAUGAGUGAUUUGCUACAUUGCGUAAAGUGUAUCAAAAUAGUUAUGUUGAAAAAGUUGAGUACAGCAUAAGAAGAAUAAAAUAGCCAUGUUAAAUAACUGGAAGAUUUAAAGUCUAAAGUAUUAUAAUAAUUCUAAAUUUAUAGAUUGCAGGUUAAGAGAAGACUAAAAGUUAAUUAGAACAAGAAUUAUAAAAGAUUAGACAGGAAAGAGCAGCUAACAUGAACAAAAUGAAAGAAGAGAUUGAGAAGUUGAAGUAAUCUAUUGCAGAAGUUAAAGCUAAUAAAUAAAAGAGAUAAGAUCAAUUGGCCAAAGAAAUUUAGACUAAGUAUGAGGUAUUAGAAAAAGAUCAUAAAACAAAAGAGGAUAAAUUAGCAGCUGAACUAUAGGCUUAGAGAGCUCGUUUCAUUAAAAUGAAGGAUGAGAACACGUAGGAGGAGGCAACUUUGAAGAGGCGUAAAUAAGUUCAAGAUUAAUCAUUGUCUGAAGCAAUACAAAUAUACGAUCAGAUGAUGGAGGAAUACAUGAAAAAUUUAACUGAUUUGUAAAGUGAAUGUGCCUCAAUUGAGAAAUAAUUGAAAGACAGAUAGGAGUAUUUCAAGGCAGUUGAUUCAGAGAAGGGAAGAGAAAGACAAUUAGAAGAGGAAUUCAGAAGAUUAAAAGAACUACAUCAAAUCGAAUUAGAAAAGAAAUCGGAGGCAGCCAAACAUAUUUAAGCCUUUUUGUAAUAAGUUAAAAGUAUGAAAUCAAAUCUAUAUUUAUAGAACCAUCUAAGAAACCAAAGAAGGCAGCUAAAAAAUGA